AUGGUACAGCCCUAUUUCACACUCAACACCGGCGCCAAAAUCCCAGCUGUGGGUCUGGGUACUUUUGAGGCGGGAGACGGCGACGUAUACCCUGCUGUUAUGGAGGCUCUCAAGGUCGGCUACAGACACAUUGAUGCGGCCGCUAUAUACAGGAACGAGAAGUCAGUUGGCAAAGCUAUCCGAGACUCCGGAGUUCCACGCGAAGAGCUUUUCGUGACUACAAAAUUGUGGUGCACGCAACAUAAAGAACCCGAAAAAGCGCUUGAUCAAUCUCUGGAAAGAUUGGGCCUCGACUAUGUCGAUUUGUACCUAAUCCAUUGGCCUGUUGCGCUCAAAACCACUUCGAUAAAGGACGGGAACAUGUUGACAGUGCCGCUUCGUGAUGGAGCCCGCGACGUCGACGUCGACUGGAAUUUCGUACGCACCUGGGAACUCGUUCAGGAACUUCCUGCGACGGGCAAAACCAAGGCUGUCGGAGUGUCCAACUUUUCCAUCAACCACCUCAAGGAGUUGCUAGCUUCUCCUGGAAACAAGUUAACUCCAGCAGCAAAUCAAGUGGAAAUUCAUCCACUGUUACCUCAACAAGAAUUGAUCGAUUUUGGCAAGAAACACGGUAUUGUUACCGAAGCUUACUCGCCUCUGGGCCACAACGGCGCCCCACUUCUCAAGAAUGCAACCGUCCAGGAAGUCGCCGCCAAGUACAACACUGGUCCUGCCCAAAUUUUAAUCUCGUGGGCCGUGAAAAGAGGUUACGUCGUUUUACCUAAAUCGAUCACUCCGGCUAGAGUUAAGUCCAAUUUCGAAUUAGUAGAUCUUUCAGCAGAAGACGUUCAGAAGCUAUUAGAUAUUGCCAAAAACGAAGGCGAAAAGAGAUUCAUUAACCCAGACUGGAGUGGUUUCAAGGUAUUUGAUUGA